AGUCAUCCAGAACGGUUUUGUUGCAAACAUUUUUUAUCCACCGCUGAUUUGCCACACCGAAUCCAAACACAUCCGCGACAUUCAAUUGCGUUGUAUUUUUAAAUUACCCCCUACCAUGGCAACCUCACAAAGUCCUCCGUCAAACCCGACAGUUAAUGUAGAAAAUCGUUUAGAUUUUAACGUCAAUAAUGGUUUUGCAAAUUUUGAUGUUUUUAAUGGAAAUCCAAAGGACGAUGAAUCGACAAAGUUGGAUGACAUGGUGUUAAAAUCGACCAUUGUGUCUGUCGAGGAAAAUGGUGCUCUCUUAAAGAAGAAGUUGACGUUACAAAAACCAUUUCGUUGUCAAUGCAUAAUAUGUACUUUAGUAUCUUUUUUACUUCUUGCCGCUUUUCUUGUCGUUCUCCUCAUUCAUGUAAAUAAACUACGAGAAUCGGAUGAAAAAGUGUGUUUAACAGAUAUCUGUAUCAGGCGAUCUGCUGUCAUUUUGGAGUAUAUGAACAAAUCUGUUAAUCCUUGUGAAGAUUUUUACUCAUUUGCUUGUGAAAGAUGGCAAGCGAACACAUUCAUACCGACAACUCAAACAGAAGUUCAUGUGCUCUGGAACAUCAACGAGGAAAAUAAGAAAUUAAUGAGAAAUCUUUUAGCUGACUCCGCUACGAAGACGAAAUAUGCUUCGAAUCGUGCAGUAACAAAGGCCUUGAACUAUUAUCACACAUGUUUGUCAAAAGCAACCAUCAACAGACAAGGUGAUCGAUACCUGAAAGAAGUCAUUGCAACAUUAGGAGGUUCAAAACUUACAACUCCAAACUGGAGCGAAAGAAAUUACGAUGUCAACAAAGCAAUACUGAUGGCUUUCACGCGUUUUGGUGUUCAACCAUUCUUUUCAGUGUCUGUCCGCCCUGAUUUUAAAAAUUCGUCCAAGAAAAGUUUUGCAAUCUCAGAUGGUGGUGUUACACUGGAUACCACUUUUUAUUUUGAGAAAAACUCAAGUGAAGAUUUUUAUGAAAAGACUCGUCUUUCCUAUCGUCAGUACAUGAUUGAUGUGAUGGUCUUAUUUGGAGCGGACCGUAUAAACGCUACAAAACAAAUGGAACAAGUGUAUUUGUUGGAAGAAAAAAUAGCUACGAUUAUUCGACGACACAAAGGAUGGCCACAAUCAUCUACUAUCUUGGAACUUAUUAACUACACAAAGUUCGACUGGUUCUCUUUCUUGUCGGGUUUGGCUGCAAACCAAAGUUUUGUGCUUUCUCGUCGUGAAGCAAUUCUCGUGAGGACAAAAGACGUGAUUAAAGGGGUCAUCGCUUUGAUGAACAGCACAAAUAAAGAGACCAUUUCCAACUAUAUUGCAUGGGUGGCAAUCGAAGCUGUGAUACGCUUUUUACCAGAUCCAUAUGUUCACGCCAGACUUCAGUACAAACAACGAAUUUAUGGUCUUUCUUACGAAGACAAAGAACGUUGGGAUUUUUGUUAUGAAGCUACAAAGAAAUAUUUUCCUAUGCCUCUUGGUUUAAUGUACGUUGAAAAAAAAUUGGAUAGUCGAACAAAGACUCGGGCCAAAGAGAUAUUUGAAGAAAUAAGAAGAGAAUUUUUGUUAGAACUAAACGAUCAAACCUGGAUGGAUAAUGAAACAAAAGAAAGAGCAAAGGCAAAGGCAAAAGCAUCGACGAUCUUAGUUGGUUAUUCCGAUUAUAUCAAGGAUGAAGAAAAACUCAAUGUUGAAUACGAGAGGAUAAGUGUGAAUGCGAGUGAAUUUCUCAAAAGUGUUUUCUCCAUACGUAGUGCAAUAUUCCUUAAGUCGAUAUCGGAGUACAAAAGACCUGUGGAUAGAAAUGCAAUCAUUCAUUCGCCUGUUGAGGUCAACGCUUAUCAUUAUCGAUCAGAGAACAAAAAUGUAUUUUUGGCUGGAAUUUUAAGAGCUCCGUUUUACGAUGACGAUAAUUUGAGAGCGUCAAAUUAUGGAGGAAUUGGGAUGGUUGCUGGACAUGAGUUGACUCAUGGAUUUGAUUCCAACGGUCGUUUGCACGAUGAGAGGGGAAAUUUGCGCAACUGGUGGUCACGAAAUGCCACCAAAGAAUUUCAACGAAAAAGUCAGUGUUUUCAAGAUCAAUAUGGCCAAUUUGAAAUGUAUGGUAAAAAGAUCAACGGAAAGAAAACGCUUGGUGAAAAUAUUGCUGAUAACGGAGGAAUUAAAUUCGCUUACGAGGCUUAUAAACGAUGGGUUUCAAGAAAUGGUCACGAAGCAAAACUUCCUGGUCUUAAUUAUACACCGUACCAAUUGUUUUUUAUAUCUUACGCUCAGGGCUGGUGUUCUAAAUACACUCGUCAAGGAGCUUUUCACCAAAUAGACAAUCUUCCUUGGCCACCUAUGAACAUUAGAGUUCAAGGAGUUAUAAUGAAUUCUAAAGGAUUUGCAGAGGCUUUUCAGUGUCCUAAAGGAUCACCUAUGAAUCCUGUGAAGAAAUGUAGCCUAUGGUAACAUUUUUAUGUAGGUCACCGACCAAUGUCAUGAUUUACCACGAGCAUCCAUUUUAUGGUUAUGUGGUUACUGUAAAAAAGGUCGACUCAUCAGUCUUCAUGUAUAUAGAAUUGCGUUUCCUAUACGGAUAUCUUAUUGAAAAUAUAACAUUGCCCAUGUAUAACAUCAAAUGCACAAAGUUUAACCUUCGUUUAUUGCAGAGGAUAUAUUUGCCUCAAGUUUAAAGUCUGAAAUCAAUAUCAUUAUAUAAUUACAAUAAUGUGAGAAAAAAAGAAAACGUUGGACUAAAAUAUGUGAUUAAACAAUAGUAAACAAUGAAA